AUGUUUGGUCUUCUAAUUUCCCUGUUGAUGCUGUUUGGUUCUACCCAAGGACAAAACGUUUUCGUUUCAACAAGCCAGAUCGCGACGGGUAAAUCAACGGGGUCAACAUCGUCUUUCGUGUUCGCCGCUCAAGGACUAAAUGCGACCUCCAAUUUGGCCGUCGAUGGCAACACAAAUGGCAACUUCCUCUCAGGCAGCUGCUUCUCCAGUGCCAUCAGCGACGACAACCCCGUGUGGUUCGUCGACCUUGGAGCAAACUUCAAUAUCUACAGCGUCAGGAUCUUUAACAGAGGAGACUGCUGUGCUGAACGUCUCAACAACAUCAGGGUCGACAUUCUUCAGAACAAUCCCUUGACUGGCACCCCGGGAACUGUCCAAACUUGUGGCACUAUCGGCAACCCCGGAGGUGUUGGGUUGAGCCAGUCUCGGGAAAUUGUAUGUCCUUUUCAAACCUACUACUACUAUUACUACUACUACUACUACUAUUACUACUACUUCUACACCGUCUUCCAAAAUGGCCGCUACAUCCGUAUUACAAAAACAAGCACUGGGGAUGCUGAUGGACUACUGACACUGUGUGAGGUUCAAGUCAACGUUGCAACCAACGUCUACUACCCAUACUCCAGUGUUGGUGUAGCCAACGCUGGUGUUGCUGAUGGAGCUGCUUCCAACAUUACCGUCACCCAGUUCGAGCCCCAGGGAGACAUGCACCGCGUCCCCGUGCCCGCUCCUGUAGCCGCCCAGCCAAAUGCUCAACAGCAACCGGAACAACAUUAACCGGUAGCUGCGUCUGAAUGGACUCGUACUGACGCUAAAUGGAACAGCUGAAUCAAUAUUAUUAAAUACCUUCAAUCGCAACCGGAACAACAUUAACCGGAAGCUGCGUCUGAUUGGACUCGUACUGACGUUAAUUGGAACAGCUGAAUCAAUAUUAUUAAAUACCUUCAAUCGCGAAAUAAAUGUAAAUGUUUUUUUCUUGUCGUCUCAAUAAAAAA